AUGGCUCAAGAAGUUGUGAACCCAGAUGAGCAGGUUGUUCUUGGAGAAGAGAUAGACCGUGUAAGGCUGCUCACGUUGAACCGGCCUCGUCAAUUGAAUGUUAUCUCAUCGAAAGUGGUAUCUCUGCUGGCAGAUUUUCUGGAGAAAUGGGAGAAAGACGAUAAUGUACACCUUAUACUGAUCAAGGGUGCUGGACGUGCAUUUUCUGCUGGUGGGGAUCUGAAAAUGUUCUACGAUGGCAGGACUUCAGAGGAUUCUUGCCUUGAAGUGGUCUAUAGAAUGUACUGGCUUUGUUAUCAUAUCCAUUCAUAUAAGAAAACGCAGGUGGCUCUUGUCCAUGGGAUUUCCAUGGGUGGAGGUGCAUCCUUCAUGGUCCCAAUGAAGUUCUCUGUGGUGACCGAGAAAACGGUAUUUGCAACUCCAGAAGCGAGUAUUGGAUUUCACACUGAUUGUGGGUUCUCCUACAUGCUUUCACGCCUCCCUGGGUACCUAGGAGAGUUCUUGGCAUUGACUGGAUCAAGGCUUAAUGGGAAGGAACUAGUGACGGUUGGCAUGGCGACCCAUUUUGUCCCAUCAGAGAAAUUGCCUGAACUGGAGAAGCAUCUGAUCAACUUGAACUCCGGUGGUAUAGAUGCUGUCAACUCAGUCAUUGAGGAAUUCUCAGAGGACAUCCAGCUUGGCGAAGAUAGUUUAUUAAGCAAGCAGUCAGUGCUGGAUGAAUGCUUUUCAAAGGAGACGAUAGUUGAUAUCAUCAAAUCAUUAGAAGCAGAGGCAAGCAAGGAAGGAAAUGGAUGGAUAGUUCCAAUUCUCAAAGGAUUGAAAAGAUCAUCCCCCACAGGACUUAAGGUCACGCUUCGAUCGGUACGCGAAGGAAGGAAGCAAGCAUUGGGUGAAUGUCUCAAGAAAGAGUUCAGAUUGACAAUGAACAUAUUGAGAACGAAAAUCUCUGGUGAUGUCUAUGAGGGUAUAAGGGCUUUGACUGUCGACAAGGAUAAUGCUCCCAAGUGGGAUCCACCGACUUGUGAAGAAGUUGAUGAUUCCAAGGUGGAUGACGUGUUCCGCCCAUUUGCAAUGGACUUAGAGCUCCAAAUUCCGGAGAAGGAAGAAAACAGGUGGAAUGGCAAGUAUGAGAACUCGGUGUAUGCGACUUCAAGAGCCACAGGCACGGCGAGGUGA